CCGCUGAAGAUGAUCCUCAUUAAUUUGCUUUCUUCAAUGGCUUCGUGUGAAUUCAAAAUUCAAAGGUAGUUCCAAUUUGAAAAUUGAAUUUCAGUGCAAUUAAGAACGCAAUCGGCAAUUUAAAUCAUCGCACACGAAAUAACGCACAUCUCCGAUUAUGUGGAGCUGUCACAAGUGCGGCAAACCUGUUUAUUUUGCCGAGAGGAAGCAAUCUUUGGGCUACGACUGGCACCCUGAGUGUCUGCGAUGCGAGGAGUGCGGCAAGAGACUCAACCCUGGCCUCCACGCUGAGCACAAGGGCGUCCCUUACUGCCACGUUCCGUGUUACGGAGCUCUCUUCGGGCCGCAACUUUUCGGUCAUGGGACGCGCGUCGAGUCGCACUCGAGUUUCGGGAAGGUGGAGAACAAGAAGAACCUUCCCCGUAGCCACCUGGAGAGCAAACUGAAGGUUUUCAACCAGUACUGUGAUGGAAAGAGUGGUGAGAUCAAAAGCAGAUACGUCAACGGCAGGAUGGUGCUGGAGGGAACUCUGCGGAUCUGCUGGGGCGUCAUGAACAUGAUCCACCUCAAAGAGGACGACGACCAAAGGGUCACGGUGCAGAAGAAGAAAAACAAGAAGAAAAGCUUCAACAAGGCUUUCCGACGUGCACAUUCCUCAGGAAACAAUGGGCUGUGGGAUGAAAUCGAUGACCCUUUAGCAGUUGAAACUAUUGAGAGGUUCGAGGACAAAUUAAGCUUGACUGCAAUUGAGAGCAGCUCGAACGCUCCAGAAACUUCAGAACAGGAAGAUCUUAUGUCUACAAGUUUUAUUGCACCGUUGCCUGCAGAUUCGGCAGAGGAACAGAACGAUUGGCAAGAUGAGGGCGAGGUGGUUGCGAACGGGUCUCGACCAAGCUCAGGGUCAACAGCCAUCAGGAGGCGAUCAGGACAGAGAAGAUCUCGCACUAAAAUCAAAAGAAGGUGUUCGAUAAACGGCCACUUUUACAACCGAGAGACAAGUUUUUUCCUCCCACCCCGUGGCAGUCAAAUGAGCGUCUGGGUGUCCUCGCUGGUCAACACCUUUGAGGUGAUCAAUCUCAUUUUAGAAAAGUACAGGGUGGACAGCAACCCGCACAAUUUUGCUCUCUUCGUGGUUCACGACAAUGGAGAACAAAAGCGACUCAGGGACGACGACUACCCUUUGGUGUGUCGGGUAAUGCUGGGGCCGCACGAGGACGUUGCCAAGCUUUUUCUGAUGGACGCCUCGAGCACCCAAGAGAUUUCCAACGAGGUUGCACAGUUCCUCAACUUCAGCACGGCUGAGUGCAAUGCCAUUUUGGAGAGGUACAACCAGGAAGAGGACAAUGAGAUGAAAAAAAUCAAAGCAAAAUAUCGAGAAAUGAAGAAACGGUUGAAGCGGAGGAUGGAAGAAUUGAAGGUUCGGCUAUGAAUUCAGAAACGCGUUGUAUUCGUUGGGGCAGCUUUUGCCUCGUCUCUUAUGUGAUUUUUCACUAACUCAGUGUUGGUCUCCAAUUCCAUUGCAUCUGUAAGGCUUUUAUUUUAAACUAUUUGAGAUUUUUAAAGCGAGACCAACCCAAAAUUUGAACUAGUUUCUGUUUUAAUACUUUGAGAUCAAUUUUUAAAACUUUAUGGUAUUAUUGCGCGGAAAAAUUAUUAUUUUCCACUGAUUUUUGAUCAAGUUGAUAUUAGGUUUUUUAAUCAUUUACUAAUUUUUAACUUUGGUUAUACGGAUGGAUCAAAUUUUUAUUAAAUUUUUAUAUAAAUAAUCGAGCAAAUUAACGCAAAACUAAAAAGAUAUUAUGCACAAAUAUUAUAUACUUCUCUCUAGAAAUGAAAUUAAUGUGAACAAUUUUACCCCGGUGUAUUUUACGUCUUGAAGACGUUUGAAAAUUGCUGUAUUCUCUUCAUUCCUGAUUUUAUUAAAAACGGCGGUGUUAUUCGUCUCUUUCUCAAAAUAAAUAAAACUCAUUACGAGUUGCCAUAACUACAA